AUGGACUUUGCAGACAAUACUGGUGCAAAUACCACAUUCAAUUCCCAAUUCAACAUCGAGCAGAACGAUAUCAAGAUAGAGUACCAUCCGAAUAGUGGCAAACCUCCAGUAAUAGAGCGAUUCGAUAUCCACACUGCAGACCAUGACCAUGUACCUUCGAAUGAUUCUCGCCUUAGGCCAUGGCUGCCAUUCCGUACUCGCAUGGAUUUUGAAGUGGCGACAUUAGCUCUGGAGUGCUCAAUGAACGACAAACAAACUGAGAAAUUGAUUAUGCUGUUGAAUCAUGUCCAGCAAGGCUUCGAUAAAUGUACAUUGAAGGACUACAAGGAAGUACAGGAUACAUGGGAUCUUGCCGCUGAGAAGUCAACAAAGUUCACUCAAGACGUCAUCCAUGUUCAAUAUCGCGAAACUAUUCACGACUUUGAUGUCCAUUUCCGACCGUUAUGGGACUGGCUACAGGAACUUCUAAUGGACAAGGACAUCGUAUCGAAAAUGGAGUGGCAUGCUCAGCGUCUGUUCAAAUAUGAUGCAAAUCGUGGAAUUUGGACCCGUUUCCGGAAUGAGCCAUGGACUGCUGAUAGGUGGUGGAAACUUCAGGAUACUCUUCCUGCAAACGCGGUCCCUCUAUUCAUCAUUUUCUAUGCUGACAAGAAUAAGUUGUCUUCGUUUGGUACGGCAAAAGGUUAUCCAGUGGUAGCGCGAUUGGCAAACCUACCAACUGACAUUCGGAAUGGUGUCGGUGAGGGUGGUGGUCGGGUCGUUGGAUGGUUACCAGUCGUUUCCGAGGAUUCGAAUCGGAGCAACAAAACAGAUUUCGUCAAUUUCAAAGCUAUUGUCUGGCAUGAAUCUGUCCUCAAAAUACUCGAGUCGCUCAUUGAGUACUCUCAGACGGGUUAUAGUAUGUUUUGCGGUGAUCAAAUCUGGCGGCUCAUCUAUCCUCUACUCCUUCUUGAAUCAUCAGACUACGAAGAACAAUGUAUUAUGGCAUUGAUACGAGGUUUGCAUGGUCUUUGUCCCUGUCCAAAAUGCUUCAUCCCCAAUGACAAACUUUCGGAACCGACCAAUGCAGAGCUACGAACGGCUGCACAUGCCCAUGAACAACUACAGAUUGCAAACGCCAAACCUAGCAAGACUGAGAAGGAGAAAAUUUUGAAGAAAUUUAGCAUGCGGCCAAAUGUUUUUAUGAAGCUUGCUAAUGGAGAUCCCUACGCUGGUUCAUCUUUUGAUGACUUACACUUCCAAGAUAGUGGUCUCUGGGGUGAUCAUAUAUUUCCCCUACUCAAAGCUCACAUCUCGGCGCUCUCUACUGCUCGAGACACAUCAACUCUGUUGGAUGACCGUUUCAAAUUGUUUCCGCGAUGGUGCAAACUUCACCAUUUUCCAGAUGGAGUAUUCAAAAUCACCUUUAACGAUGGUUCAAAACAUCGUGAUAUUUCAAAGGUUUUUUUGUAUGUUGCAUAUGACCUUUUACGCGAGGAUAACGAUAAGGCUGGAUACGAGCUAUUGAAACUCACCCGUACCUAUGUCAAUGUUAUCAUGUAUUCAGCGCUCGAAAACCAAACUGACGAAACUAUCGCUGCUGGGCGGCUUGCCAUAAACAAGAUGUUCACUGCUAUCAAGGUUGUGUCUGUGCUGUCGUGGAACUUCAUCAAGCUGCACUACCAUCAGCAUCUAUUUGAUGAUAUCGAAGAGAAGGGAAAUCUUCGAAGUACCAGUACCCGUCCAAAUGAGAAGUUACAUGGUCCAAUCCGCAAGAUAUACCUACGACAAACAAAUUUCAAAGAUGUUGCAAAUCAAAUUGUGCGCAUUGACCACCAGUGUGUUGUUGCGGGCUUAAUUCGCAGCCAGCUUAAUGUACUUGAUUCACUUCGAUGCCCAGAGAUGGAUGAUAUCAUUCCUGAAGAUGCCGAGAAACCUACCAGGAACUCACACUUCGAGAUUGGAUCAAGGCUUCCUGCGGUUACUAUGGGUAUCCUCGAAGAAUCUGAGCGACUUUUUGAGCACUUUUUUAGGCGAUUGUCGAAGUUUAUGUCUGGACUGCUUCGUGCAUCAGACAUUGAGCUUCCAGGAAAUCAAGACAUCAAGUAUACUAAACAUGAUAUGGUCACGCCCUACCAGUAUCUGAAGGUGAACUAUCUUUCACUCGAUACUUGGAAGGUUUCUGUCGAUUAUCUUCGAUGUAAUCCUUUCUUCAACAAAGAACCACGCUACGACUUCGUCAUCUUUGACUCCAUAGACGGACCUAUUUUUGCACAACUCCGUUACAUUUUCACCUGCACCGUUGGUGAUAACCUAUAUCCUAUUGCACUUGUACAGUCAUAUAAAGCUGUCCCUACAACACGACGGCCUCGAUCCGACAAAUAUCAUGGCCUCCUUCGCCUACAGCAGGACAACGGUACAGAAUUUAUUUCUGUGCGAUCCAUCAUCCGUGGUGUGGUGGUUCUCAAACUAUCAGAGCGGGAAGCAUUUGUUUGGGAUGUCUUGGAUAAUGAUAUGUUUCUUCGAGUAAUCUCAUCCUUCCCUGGGUAUACGUCAGCUUGA